AUGCCGCCGAAACGCAAGGCUGGGCCAGUGGCCAAGGACGGGGCCAAGAUAGGCAGAUCCUCGCGCCUGUCGACGCCGGGCGCCGGGACCCCUCGGAGCCUCGAGGCCAACGACGAGCCAGAAGAGGAGGACGCCGCCCCAGUCGACGAGGUGUUGGAACGAGAUAUCGACAAGAACAUCGACAGGUUCUCGCUUGACCAAUACCAGAAGAAGCACGCCAUCCGCGAGCCUCUCCCGCACAUCUUUGGCGACCACGACUUUUCCUAUCUCGACCUCAAAAAGGACCACCACAAUCGGCCGCUCUGGAUCGAUCCGCAAAAGGGCCGGAUCAUUCUGGAAAGCUUCAACCCAUUGGCAGAUCAAGCCCAAGACUUUCUCAUCACAAUCUCCGAGCCUCUUUCGCGGCCGACGUUUAUGCACGAGUAUGCCCUCACGACGCACAGUCUCUACGCCGCUGUUUCGGUGGGCCUUUCGCCUCACGACAUCAUCAACACGCUCGAGCGCUUCCUCAAGACGCCACUUCCGGAUGAGAUCAGGGACUUCAUCACCAGCUGUACGCAGAGCUACGGAAAAGUCAAGCUGGUCUUGAAGAAUACUAAAUACUACGUCGAGUCUCCGGAUCCAAACAUGUUGCAGACGCUGCUCAAGAAUCCCAAGAUCGGGCCUCUCCGGGUGCAGGGAACGGAGGAAAUCACCACUUCCGCUGCCCCAAAGAUUGGCGGCCUCGUCAUUCCUGGAACAAAGAAUGCCGCUGGUGUCAAGCAGGCAAGUGGCCUUGAACCAGCCGGGGAGCAACCGCAAAAUGGCCAGCAGGUUCAAGAGGGGGACGUCAUGGCCACUUUAAACGAGGAAGACGACGACGACCAAGAGGUCACGCAUUCCUUCGAAAUCGCCGACAAGGAUGUCGAAACAGUACAAAAAGAGUGUCUGAACCUCGGCUACCCUGUGCUCGAGGAGUACGAUUUCCGCAGAGACGAAGUCAAUCCCAACCUGGAUAUCGACCUCAAGCCCGGCACACAAAUCCGGCCAUACCAAGAAAAAAGCCUCAGCAAGAUGUUUGGCAACGGCCGAGCCAAGAGCGGACUCAUUGUCUUGCCUUGCGGCGCCGGCAAGACCCUUGUCGGCAUCACGGCAGCCUGCACCAUCAAAAAGGGAGUCAUUGUCCUAUGUACCAGCUCCAUGUCGGUCGUCCAGUGGAGGCAAGAGUUCUUGAAGUGGUCCAACAUCAACCCAGACGAUAUCGUGGCCUUUACCUCGGACUCAAAGGGGUCGGUCUUUACGGGAAGCACGGGCAUCAUUGUUACGACAUAUUCUAUGGUGACGCAGUCAAGAGCCCGGUCUUACGAUGCCGAGAAGAUGAUGAAAUUCUUGACGGGACGGGAAUGGGGCCUCAUGCUCCUGGACGAGGUGCAUGUGGUGCCGGCCAACAUCUUCCGAAAGGUCACGUCGUCGAUCAAGACGCACUCCAAGCUGGGGCUCACGGCCACCCUGCUUCGAGAAGAUGACAAAAUUUCGGAUUUAAACUUUUUGAUCGGGCCGAAGCUGUUUGAAGCAAACUGGAUGGAACUCUCGAAGCAGGGUCAUAUCGCGAGGGUGCAGUGCGCCGAGGUCUGGUGUCCGAUGCCGACCGAGUUUUACGACGAGUACCUUCGGGCGCCGACUCGCAAGAAGAAUCUGCUGUACAUCAUGAACCCGCGCAAGUUUCAGGCUUGCCAGUAUCUCAUCAACUACCACGAGUCCCGGGGGGACAAGAUCAUCGUCUUCUCCGACAACGUAUACGCGCUCAAGGCGUACGCGUUGAAGCUCGGCAAGGCCUUUAUCUACGGCAGCACGGGACAGGCGGAACGGUUGGAAGUGCUCGAGAAUUUCCAGCACAACCCUCGAGUCAAUACGCUAUUCCUGUCCAAGAUCGGGGACACGUCACUUGAUCUGCCCGAGGCCACAUGUCUCAUUCAGAUCUCAUCCCAUUACGGAUCUCGUCGGCAGGAGGCCCAAAGACUGGGCCGAAUCCUCCGAGCCAAGCGUCGAAACGACGAGGGCUUCAACGCCUUCUUCUACUCUCUGGUGUCAAAGGACACGCAGGAGAUGUACUUUUCGUCCAAGAGACAGGCCUUUCUCGUGGAUCAGGGGUAUGCCUUCAAGGUGAUUACGCAGCUUGCCAACAUUGAGAAGACGCCGGGGCUCGCGUUUGCAACGGCGAGCGAGCGACGCGAAUUGCUGCAAAAGGUUCUCGUGGAGAACGACACGAUGGAGGACGAGGACAUUACAGACGAUCUUUUCCACAGCGGUGCGAUGGGCCGAAAGAAAAAAAGGGGAGCAGCGCGCCGGACUGCAGGCACCCUCGGCGAACUGAGCGGUGGCCAGGACAUGGCCUACAUCGAGCAGAACAAGAGACUAAACCAGUCACUGAAAAAGGGCAAGAACAAGAAGGAAAGCCACACCUUCUUCAAGAAGCUUGGCCGGGAAAACGCGCGGCGGGCGGCGGCGUAG